AUGAAUAAAUAUGAGAUCAUAGGAGUUGUUGGAGAAGGAGCUUAUGGAAUAGUUCUAAAAUGUAGAAAUAAAGAAACAAAUGAAUGUGGUUUUAUAUUUGUUUGUAUAUGUUACAGUCGCAAUAAAAAAAUUCAAAGAGACAGAAGAUGAUGAGACAGUUAAGAAAAGUAUCUAAAGAGAGGUGAAAAUGUUGAGAAUGAUAAAACAUCCAAAUAUUAUCUAACUUAAAGAAGCAUUUAAAAAAAAGGGCAAAAUAUUUUUGGUAUUCCAAUUUGUAGAUAGAAACCUAUUGGAGUUAUUAGAAGAAAGAAAAUAAUUAGAUGUAUUAGAAUAUAAAUACAUGAUUAGUAGGAAAGCAUUAAACGAGUAAUAUUCUAAUUAGUUUUGGCUAUUCAUGCAUGUCAUUAAGUUGGAAUUGUACAUAGAGACAUUAAACCAGAAAAUUUAUUAGUUGAUAAUGAAUUAAAUAUAAAAUUGUGUGAUUUUGGUUUUGCAAGAGUAAUAUUAAUAUUUAAUGAUUUAGACAAUAUAAUGUUAAGAAUAAUUAACUGAUUAUGUGGCAACAAGAUGGUAUAGAUCUCCAGAACUAUUAAUUUCAAAUAACUAUGGAAAACAAGUGGAUAUUUGGGCUAUAGGAUGCAUAAUGGGAGAGUUAAUAGAUGGUUAACCAUUAUUUCCAGGUGAAAAUGAAAUGGAUUAAUUGUAUUUAAUUUAAAAAAUUAUUGGACCUUUGACUCAAGAAUAAAUGGAAAGAUUUUAAAAGAAUUAAAGAUAUAUAGGAAUGAAGUUUCCAGAUAUAAUAAAGAAUGAAACAAUAGAGAAAAGAUAUUAAGGAAAAAUGUGUCAUAAAGGUUUAAAUUUUUUAAAAUCUUGUUUAAUAAUGGAUCCAAAUAGAAGAAUAACAGCCAUAGAAUGUUUAGAACAUUAAUAUCUAUAAGAUCUUUGGAAUAAAGAAAAUGAAGUUAGACCAAAAAGUAAUUUUUAAAGAAGAAUUAGUUGUGAAAGAGAUGAUUCAAAACCUAAUAUAAUUAAUUAAUUUGAUUUAGGUGAUUCAAAACCAAAGAGAAUAUUAGAAAAAGCUAUUCCAUAAACUAUAUAAAAUUAAACAUUGAAUUAGAAAUAAGUUUAUAAUUAUAGAAUUGGUGAUGAUGUAUCAGAAUUUGCUAAAGAUGCAGAAGAUACUAAAUCUUAAAUGCAUAAAACAUUCAAUUAGUCAUUUAAAAUCAAAUUUAAUGAUACUCUUCCAUAAAGUAGAUUAGGAUCUGAAUAAGAUAAAAGAAUUAAUCGUAUUAUUGGAUUACCUGGAGUUAAAGAAGAUACUAAAUAACAACAUUAACAUAUAUUAGAACAUUAACCAAAAUAAUAAUCAACAUCUAUUACUAAAUCUCCAUAAAAAAGAAAUUCUAUUUAAUAACCAUCUUUUCAUGUCUAAGUAUUUGUUUAAUUUUAUUCUUAGGGUUAAUAUAAUUUGUAACCUCAAAAACUUAAUUUAGUAUAUAAUGCUAAUACAUAUAACUAUUCAAUUAAAAAGUCAUACAUCUCUAAAAAAUGA